GCAAGGUCAGUCGAACGUUCGCAAUCAUGGAAGAUUCAUUCACGUUGACUUUAUCAGGCACCUCCUCCGUGCUGGAAGCCGGAUACUUUCCUCCUAUCGAGCUUUCCCCGUACAAAAAUUACGCUCUGGGGCUCAUCGAGUUGCUGACCUUCAAUUCCAUUCCCAACGUGGACACGGAUCACAACAAGCUCUACGUGGGGGAUGAAGUUAUCACUAUACCCACUGGUAGCUACGAGAUCGAAGAUAUCGAAAACUACGUGCAUAGCGCGUUGACGGACAAGAGCAUCGUCAUUCAGAUUAAACCUAACAAUAAUACGUUGUGCAGCGAAAUUAAGUGCAAGCGUGAUGUCGACUUUCGACCCAACGAUUCCAUAGGUCGCUUGCUGAGCUUCACUCAAGGCGUGCUGAAGGCUAAUAAAUUACACACGUCCGACGUACCGGUAGCCAUUCUCAAGGUGAACGCCCUACGAGUCGAAUGCAACGUCACGACGGGCGCUUACAUCAACGAACGUAAAGUGCACACAAUACACGAAUUCUUUCCGGUCGUGCCACCCGGAUACAAGAUCAUAGAGGUGCCAUCACACGUCAUUUAUCUACCGAUCGCUACCAAGACGAUAGAUCACCUGCAGCUGCGAAUAGUCGAUCAAGACGGGGAUCUGGUGAAUUUUCAAGGAGAAGUCAUAACGAUCAGGCUGCACGUCAGAUCCAUGCGAUAAUGGGUAUCGUCUAUAAUAGAAAAAUCGUCAAUGGUUAUAAUAGUGGGCCGAUAUGCCAAAGGGGGAUCAGUCGUCAACCGCUUCUCAAGGCGCUAACACGUUGAAACGUCUUGUUUCUGGAAAAUCUAGGAUUCAAGGUCACGAGAGGAAAGUAAAGCGUUUAUUCUGUUGCGUUCUUUUCGUCUGCCGCGUACCAUGGAGGAAGAAACGCUGAACAUUCAGACACCGAUCAUCUUCGAUGAAUCUAUAGCACACUAUGAAACGCAUGCGCAUCAAC